AUGGCGGACCAGGAUUCCAAUGCCUUAUUUGGCCUCGAUAACAACAGCCUCGGUGUCGCCCCGUCUUUCCUUGACGACUCGGAGGGCCAGAACGUCAAGCCUGGCUCCAACGGUGCCUCUAACCUAGCCACCGACAACCAGUCCUACUACGAUACUACCAAUUGGUCCUUUCAGGACACGCCCCCGUACGACUCCUACACUAUCGCGGCCACCACCGCCGCUGGCGCCACUUCUAUCUUCCAGACGGCUUCGCCCUGGGAACUCUCUCCGAAUCAGCAGCAGCAACAACAACAACACCAGCACGUCGUCCCGAACGUCUCGUCCGCCCUCGACCACUCGACCCUCGCUCAGGCUGGCUUUUAUGCCGCCUCCACUCCCGCCCCUGCCCCCAACCAUUACUCCCAACAAGCUGGCAAACACGACAGCCUUUCGCAGGAGAAUCCGAGCCUCUUGACGCCCGCCCAGCAGGAAAAGCUCAGGAACAUUGCCAUGCCCGCUCAUCUCCAGUACCAAUCCCCCAAGAGCGAGCCGAGCCCCGGAUCUGCCACGAGCGACCACAAGGCAGCAGGACUGUCGUCCCCCGAAGCUCAUGACCACUCUAGCAAGGCCAGCAGGAAGCGCAAGUCGUCGGCUGAUGUCGACGAUGACGACGACGAGGAUGACGAGAACCACCCCGUCAAGAAGACGGCUCACAACAUGAUCGAAAAGAGGUAUCGCACCAACCUCAACGACAAGAUUGCCGCCCUUCGCGACAGCGUACCCAGCCUGAGGAUCAUGUCCAAGAGCGCCCGCGGCGAGGAUACCACCGAGGACCGCGAAGAGUUACACGGCUUGACGCCGGCUCACAAGCUGAACAAGGCUACGGUCUUGAGUAAGGCGACAGAGUACAUCCGCCACCUAGAGAAGAGGAAUAACCGACUCUGCGAAGAGAACAGCGCGAUGCAGGCUAGGAUUAGCGCCUUUGAGAAGCUUUUCGUCGCCGGCGCAAUGAAUGGCGCUAUGAGCCCCCUCCAGCAACCGCCGACGCCGAUGCAACCAUUACAUCCACACCCCAUCGGCACACCGCGUGGCGAGUCCGCCCAAGGCAUAAUUCCCGUGCCCGAAGACAUGAAGCGCAUCAUCUCCGCUCAGAUGGCAGUUGGCCAGCCUUACCCCGUCCCGCAACAGGGCUAUCGCGGAAACCCCAACCUCAUGCGGCAGCAACAGAUCCAACAGCAACAGCAGCAGCAGCAGCAGAUGCAGCAGCAAGGACGCUGGGGCGCUGGCCCUUACUUUGGCAAGCUGAUGGUCGGCUCGCUGGCUGGACUGAUGAUCAUCGAAGCUGUGCACGAGAACGAACAGAGCAACGAGUCGCCCGACGGACGUGGUCUCUUUGCCAUGCCCAUUCAGCUACUCAGCUACCUCGGAUCGACUUCACACAUGCACUUUGGCGGCUACUACAUUUCUCCCGCUCAGAUCAUUUCUCAUUUGAAAUUCUUGCUCUUCCUCGGUACCUUGUUGUGGGUCUUUGUGCCCUCGCUGUUUGUGCCAUCCGAGAGGAAGCCCAAGAAGGCCCACCAGGUCAGAGAGUCACUUCAGGCCGCAGGCUCUGUUGCGUCACCGAUUCAUGUGCGCCGGCAGGCGUGGCUGACAGCCAUUCAGACGGUCUGGGUUCCGCAGCACAACUUUUUCCUCGAGGCUGCGGCCUUGAUCUUGAAGACGAUGAAGCUAAGCAUGCGCAACGCCAUUGGCGUGCAUGGCUAUCAGAUGCUCACUGGCCUGACCGAGGAGCAGGAGGCCGCCCGCGUCAAGGCAUGGUCUAUUGCCCUGGAUGCACAGUUGGCGGGCGGCGACGUCGAGAUUAACAAGAGCCGCCUGACGCUUACGCUGCUGGCGUCCGGUACCCUUCCCGAAACCCCGUCCCGACUGAUGCUCAAGGCUCUGCAUGUUCGCGUCCUUCUCUGGGACCUCGGCUCCAAGGGUCUGCACAAUAUUGUCGCCAAGAAGCUCGCCCGCUCUCUAUGGAACGAUGCCAGAACUAUGAACCGCAUGCUCGCCCAGCUCCGCCGCAACUCGGAACAGGUCGAGGACGACCUCCCCGACCACCUUGCCGCCCUGAUUGAGCUGGAAUGCGAUGACGUCCUCAACAACAGUCGAGCCUACAACUUGGCAUGGAACCUGGCGACGACCGAGGGCGUCACCGAGCACAAUGACGGCAUGGACUCGGUUGUCGACGACCAGGCUGUGCGCUCGCCCCUCGACGCCGUGGCGGCGUGGUGGUCUAGCCAGACCAUCCAGCGCGCCUUGAUCACCAGCCUCGGGGCCGAUGAGGAUGACGGCGACGCUCCGAGAGUGGUAUCGACUUGCUUGGAGUCGGCACUCAAGACCGCCCCUAUCGGAUCUGGUGUACAGGCACGUGCUCUGGUAGCCCGCGCUGUACUCGUCGACGAGAAGCGGGGCGCCAACAUUGCCGCUGCACUUCAAGACAUCCAGCCGACGGAUGAACAGAAGUCUUUCAGCCAGAUUGCCGCCAUUGUCGGCUCGUCCACAACUGCCCAGGCUCCCGACGUCCAGAUGGCGCUCAGGUGCGCAAUGGCCAUUGCCCACCUGCAGCGUGCCAAGUUGACGGCCGCGGCGCCGCAAGAGGGUCUCCGUCUCAUCGAGAAGAUUGUCCUCCCGAGGGCCACGGCCAACAUGUCGCUCCUCGGCUGCGCCGCACUCUUUAGGCUGAUGGAAGAGCUGUUUGCCAGCGGGCCAUCAACCGAGUGUUUCAGCACCUCCCUCGAGCGGCUUGCCGGCAGCCUCCGCAGCGCGCCCGGCGAAAAGUGUGGCCUCGAGCAGGACGUCCGCCACAAAAUGGUGGACCGCUGCAUCGGCAUUACCAAGAGCGUCACGGAUACAGGCUACGGCAGCAUGAGCGAGUGCGAGGAAGAGGACUGCUGA